GAUUUUUGAUGUUAUGUUUUAGAAUUCGGGUGUUUUAUUUUGCAUUACAUAUUUAUUUUUCAAAAUGUCAGCUUCUGACUCAGAAUCGGAAUGUGGUAUAAAAAUUUCUAGGCUUGGCAAUUGUGAAGUUUGUGGAUCUUCAAGAGCCAUAUAUACAUGUCCCAAAUGUGAAGUAAAGACAUGUUGUCUAUCGUGCGUUAGAAUACACAAAAAAGAACUCGAAUGCGAUGGUAUUAGAGACAGAACGAAGUUUAUUAGAGUCAAAGACUUCACAGAUUCAGAUCUACUGAGCGACUAUAGACUGUUGGAAGAAUGUGCUAGAUUUGUAUACGGCGUAAAAAAUGAUACGAAGAAGAAAUAUACCAGAAUCGACAAGGAUCUGCCCAUACACUUAUAUAAACUGAAAUUAGCAGCACGGCAAAGAGGCAUUGUUCUACAAUUCCUAGCUCAAAACUUUUCUAGGCAUAAUGUAAACACAACCCGUUAUAACUUUAAAACCAAUAAUAUACAUUGGAGAGUAGAGUGGGUAUUUCCUAAUGUGGAAUUUGGUCCACUAAAGUUUGCAGAUGAGAAAUGUUCAGAAGGGAAAAAGCUUUCAGAAUUGUUAGAUAAAUACCUGAAUCCUGAUGCUGCAUUUUUUGAGGGAUCUAAAGCUCUAAUAUAUUAUAAAUCUGUUGGUUUUAGAGGAGUGAAAAUAUUACUCAAAGCUGAAAAAGUUAAAGGAUCGGCCCAUAAAUUCUUUGAACUAGAUCCUGCAGAUACAUUAACUGAAAACUUGUCUGGAAAAUGUAUUGUGGAGUUUCCUAUUAUUUUUGUUGUACUCAAAGAUCAUGCCUAUAGUUUUGAAAUAAUUACACCAGAAGAUGAGUUUGAUUAUUCUGAAUCUAAAAGUAAAGAUGGUGAUAAAAAAUUUGUAGAAACUCACACAGACAAUAAACUAAAUCAAGAACAUAAUAGUUCCAACAGUAAAUGGAAUGUUGAAGUGGUAAGCAACAUAGAUACUGCACCACCUAGUAAGAGGCCAAGACAAUUGCUGACUCAUAAGAUUGCGGAAGAAAAAAAAAUUGCUAUUGAAAAAGAAAUUAAAGCAGAGAAAAAGAAAAGACCGAAAAACCUUCUGUUUACUACAGGGUAUUCAUCAGAAGAGAGUUUAAGUGAAAGUGACACUGAAGAAAAUCAUACAUAACAUUUAAGUCCCUUUAUAUAUUGUGUAUUUUUAUAAAAUUUGUAUUGCAAUUAAUGAAUUUUCUGUUAAUAAAAACAAGUAUUCAUUUGUAGC